UUCAUUGUGAUAAGGCUCAAAUCCGAAAGCAACCUCUCUCUCUCUCUCUAGUUUUUUCCAUUAUUUUAUGUCACAUUCCCCAUUUUUCUUUUAAGAAGCAAGCCCUUUUUUCCCACCUUUGUUUCCAAUCAGUUGACUGCGGGUUGUAGCGUAAUAAGAAGGCCAAAGGCCAAGAAGCGCUUCUCAAAGAAGCCAUUUUACGACGACAACAACAAUAAACAAUAAUGGAGGCCGGCGGAAGCACUUUGGGUCCGCCGCCGCCGCCGCAGCAUUGCGUUGAGAUCCACGCGGUGGUUCCGCCGCCGCGCAGAAGCGGCAUGCAGAGGCUCCGGAACCGCCUGAAGGAAACGUUCUUCCCAGACGACCCGCUCCGGCAGUUCAAAGGUCAGUCUCCGGCCACAAAAUGGCUGCUCGCUGCUCAGUAUGUUUUCCCCAUUCUUCAGUGGGGCCCACAUUAUACCCUCGCCCUCUUCAAAUCCGACGUCGUUUCCGGCCUCACCAUCGCCAGCUUGGCCAUCCCUCAGGGUAUCAGCUAUGCCAAGCUUGCUAACUUGCCUCCCAUUGUUGGGCUUUAUUCAAGCUUUGUUCCUCCUCUGGUAUAUGCCGUUCUGGGAAGCUCAAGAGACCUCGCGGUCGGGCCGGUAUCGAUAGCGUCUCUAAUACUCGGGUCGAUGCUGAGGCAAGAGGUUUCUCCGGUGAAGGAUCCGAUACUGUUUCUCCAACUCGGCUUCACUUCCACCUUCUUCGCAGGCCUCUUCCAGGCCUCCCUCGGCUUCUUGAGACUCGGGUUUAUAAUCGAUUUUCUGUCGAAGGCGACUCUGGUUGGAUUCAUGGCGGGAGCCGCCAUUAUUGUGUCUCUACAGCAGCUGAAGGGCCUUCUUGGAAUCACCCAUUUCACCAAACAGAUGGGUUUGGUUCCUGUUCUCACCUCUGUUUUCCAUAACACUCACGAGUGGUCAUGGCAGACUAUACUGAUGGGCGUUUGUUUCCUUCUCUUUCUUCUGCUGGCCAGACACAUCAGUUUGAAAAAGCCAAGGCUGUUUUGGGUGUCAGCGGGAGCUCCUUUGGCGUCGGUAAUUCUUUCAACCAUAUUGGUUUUUGCCUUCAGAGCUGAUCGGCAUGGCAUUAGCAUAAUAGGAAAAUUGGAAGAAGGAUUGAACCCACCAUCAUGGAACAUGCUUCGUUUUGGAAGCUCUCAUCUUAUCCUCGUCCUCAAGACUGGCCUCGUCACUGGAAUCAUCUCUCUCACCGAAGGAAUCGCCGUCGGCCGAACAUUCGCCGCCCUCAAGGACUACCGCGUCGACGGCAACAAAGAGAUGAUCGCAAUCGGCCUCAUGAACGUCGUCGGCUCCUUCACCUCCUGCUACAUCACCACAGGCGCGUUCUCUAGGUCGGCCGUGAACCACAACGCCGGGGCCAAGACGGCGGUGUCGAACAUCGUGAUGUCGGUGACGAUCAUGGUGACGCUGCUGUUCCUGAUGCCUCUGUUUCAGUUCACGCCCAAUCUGGUGCUGGCCGCCAUCAUCGUCACCGCCGUCGUCGGCCUCGUCGAUCUCCCCGCCGCCUACGCCGUUUGGAAGGUCGAUAAGUUCGAUUUCCUCGUCAUGCUCUGCGCCUUCUUCGGCGUCAUUCUCGUCUCCGUCCAACAUGGUCUCGCCAUUGCUGUUGGCAUAUCCAUUUUCAAGCUCAUCUUUCAAAUCACUAGGCCAAAAACAGUGAUGUUGGGGAACAUACCUGGAACAGAUAUAUAUAGGAACCUUCACCAUUACAAGGAGGCAAUGAGAAUCCAAGGCUUCCUCAUUUUAAGCAUUGAAGCUCCAAUCAACUUUGCCAACACCACUUAUCUCAACGAAAGGAUUUUGAGAUGGAUUGAAGAUUAUGAAGCUGAAGAUCAUGUUAAGGAGGCCUCUGGCCUUCAGUUUCUGAUUUUAGAGUUGUCAGCUGUGAGUGCUAUAGACACCAGCGGAGUUUUACUCUUCAAGGAUCUAAGAAGAGCACUGGAAAAGAAAGGUGUUGAGCUUGUGUUGGUGAAUCCAUUGGGUGAAGUUUUGGAAAAGUUACAAAAAGCAGAUGAAAAUCAAGAGAUUUUGAGGCCAAAUAAUGUGUUCUUGACAGUGGGAGAGUCCAUUGGUUCACUAUCAGCAACAAUGAAAGGACAAUCCUCAACCAUAUAGGAAUCUUAAAGGAUGUAAACUGAUGACACUCAAUGAAUCUCUCUCUCUCUCUUUUAUACUUCCAAAUAGUUAGAAAGAACAAUACAAAAAGCUAAAUGUGUAUGUUCCUCUCCACAAUUAAAAUGGGUAUAACAAAGCCAUCAAAAUGAUAUAUAUAAUCCAUGGGACAAAAUAGCUCAA